CUUCACGCCAGGAAGUCAAACGUGUGCUGAGCUUUACAGUAGUGCUGAGCUGACAUGAGGCUGUGGAGAUGUUUCAUCUCUCAACUCCUCACCGGAAGUGUCAUGCUUUUUGUCAGCUGCCAGGAGUUUAACAGCCAGGGAAACCUGAGCGUGGAACAACCGUUGCCCUUUUUGUUGGGCUCCGACCUCACGGUGUACUGCCACGCCAAUGAAUGUGAAAGGAGUGCCCAAGUAUUUUUGACAUUGAACGGCGAACGUGUGUCGCAUCAAAGCAGAGAGAAAUGCAGAUUCAUCUUCAAACUGGUUCGCAUUUGGGAGCCCAACUCCAUCGUGUUCUGUAAACUGCAACAGGACGGACUGACUACCGUCAUCGCCUGGAUGAGGCUGGUCGGCGGCCUCCCCCCAGAUACACCUGAGAACAUCACCUGCACAACCACCCGGAACUCCUCCUCAGUGGAGUGCCGGUGGCGGGAGGGCCGCAACACGCACGUGCCCACGUCCUACAACGUGACACUCAGCAGCGGGAACGUGACGUCCUAUCCGAUCACGGAGGCGGGCAAGGUGGUCCUACCCAGAGCCGCGCUGGAAGUGGACCGACGUUCUUGGCUGGUGGUUAGCGCUCACAACCGCUUGGGGCAGUCGCAGUCUGAGACGUACGCUAUGCGGCUCGCGGACAUGAUCAUCCCGCACAGCCCUCGCAUCACUCACGUCUAUUUUGGGAACUUCUCUACGGCCAUUUUGCUGUGGGAUGGCCCUGAAGACCUGUCACUCCUCAACGCUUCUGUCAGACUCCGCACGGACAACUUCUCCUCCUGGGAACCCAAAGAGUCCACGCGGCUCAGCCGAGAUGAGGUGAAAGUGGACGGUCUGAAGCCCCUGACGGACUACAACUUCCAGAUCAGGGCGUGUGCUGCCGGAGCUGGAAAUUGCAGCGAAUGGAGUCAGGCAGUGACCGGGAGAAGUCCUGGAAAAGGGCCAUCUCAACCGCUCCAUGCGUGGCGGAUAUUAAGCAACCGCGAGACCAGCUCACUGCAGGAUGUCACUGUUUUAUGGAAGGCUCCGGAUCCAGAGUCGUACAGUGGCCAGGUGGAGCGCUACAAGGUGGUCCUAGGCCAUGGUCCCGCAGAACAGGAAGUGAAUUGCUCCGCGUUGUUCAGCAAGUGCUCCCUUCAGGUGUCAUCCGACCUUCCGGCGCUUGGCUUCAGUGUAGUUGCCUCUUAUGGGACGUCGCCGCUGACCAGCGUCCCGCUCAGAUUCUCGGGUGAACCAGGGCCUGAGUUCCAGCUAGCUGUGCCAGACGCUACCGGAAGCGCAAUGCUAGUCUCCUGGGAUAAAGCAAUAAAGAGCACAUCAGGAAGUGAAGUACUGUACUGUAUACUGGAAUGGACUGGCGUGCCUAAUAGGAAAAAUCAGCUAAAUUGGAUAAAAGUUCCACCGGAUAAUAACAACGCAAGCAUUGCAGGCUUGACUGCAGGCGUUAGGUAUAACGUCACCAUUUACGCCGUGAGCAGACGAGGAGUCAGCACGCCGUCCUCCAUCCUGGCCUACUCGGGACAGCUCAAACCGGACGCCGGUCCCAGCGUGUCGGUGGUGGUCCACAGGCCCACCCGCCUCCUGAUUCAGUGGGAGGACCCCGCGGUAGAGCAGCAGAGGGGUUUCAUCACCAACUACACCGUAUAUCUGAGGACCCUCAACAUGCGCAGCCAAGAAACCUCAGUGGUGCUCCUCGCGGGGGUUCGCAGGCAAGCGUGGCUGGAGUAUCCCGAGGGGGCCGUGGCUAUCCAGAUGUCGGCGUCCACGUCUGCGGGAGAAGGCCCACGCGGUAACCCGGUCUCCUCUCGACCCAUGGAAUCCACAGCAGGAGUAACGACGCUAGUGUUGAGCAUGCUGGCUGUGGGGGUCUUCAUGGUCCAGCUAGCUUGCUGGCGCUGCGUGAGAAGAAGGAUCAAACAGAGAUGGGCAUUGUGGGGUCCAUAUUGGUUGGUGGAGAAGCUCCCCCAACCGAAAAAUAGCCAAGCCAUGAAACAGUUGGACACCUGGAGCGAGCCAUCCUUCUCGCGCACCAGCAGCGACCCUCAGCUGUCUCCCAUCAGUUUGCUUUCCGAUGAGCCCACUCUCCAGCAUCCCCUUAAAGCCGUCGUGGACGGUUACAAACCUCAAUUAACUGCGCUCCCGCCAGCCAAACAGACAAACCAGGACUGGUCACACCCAAUGGAGGUGGAAUCGAGUUCUGGCAAAUUUGGAGCACCCUUGGGGAACCUGCUGUCCAGCGUUGAAUUGGACUCCUCCGCCUGGCUGCUCGAUUUGGAAUUGGACUGGAGCAGAGAAAAAUGGGGAGACACGGAAGAGCAUCCCCUCUCGGUGGGUGAAACGGUGGUGAAUGUCUCCCUGGGUGGUGGCUACUUCCCACAAAUCUGCAUUCCAAGCAGUGGGCAGGAAGAAGAAUGACGAAAUCAUGGUAUGAAUUCAUUCAGUCUGUAAAAUUAGUUGAAAAGCGUACAAAAACGUAAGUACAUCCUCCGCAAGAGAAAUUUAUAGGACUCUAUUUUCUUGGGCAAGCCUGCUACAGUGGGGCAAAUAAGUAUAUAGUC